AUGGCGUUAAAGCUUGACUUUGACAAAGCUUAUGAUAGAGUCAGUUGGCCCUUUGUUUUUAAAGUUUUGAGUUGUCUGGGUUUUGAUAACACUUUUAUUCACUGGAUUAAACUGUGGUCUUGGCAGAAUAUUAGUGAUGUUAAGUCAACCUUGCUUACCUCUGCAAAUUUGGGGAGAAGCUUUUCUAAAGGAACGACAAGACCACUUAAGGUUCAAGUGGCAAAGGAUCCAGAUGGUUUCAUUUCCGAGAGAGUGGCUGAAGAAAUUAAGGCCAUAUUAGCAUUGGCAGUGAUAAGUGUGAGGAUCAGGUGGUCUUGGCAGAAUAUUAGUGAUGUUAAGUCAACCUUGCUUACCUCUGCAAAUUUGGGGAGAAGCUUUUCUAAAGGAACGACAAGACCACUUAAGGUUCAAGUGGCAAAGGAUCCAGGUGGUCUUGGCAGAAUAUUAGUGAUGUUAAGUCAACCUUGCUUACCUCUGCAAAUUUGGGGAGAAGCUUUUCUAAAGGAACGACAAGACCACUUAAGGUUCAAGUGGCAAAGGAUCCAGGGUUGGAAGUCAAAAACUUUGAACCCUACAGGUAGAACAACCUUGAUCAAGUCUAUGUUGGAUCUUGUUUCCAAUCACAUUAUGUGUAUGCUUAAACUUCCCAAAAUCCUGAUUACUAAGAUCGAUGGGGAUAAGAGAAAUGUGUGUGUGGGGGGGGGGGGGGGGAGAGAUAAGGAUAAGAGAAGUAUUAAUAAGGUUGGGUUGGAGAAAGUUUGUAGGCCUUUGGACUUUGGUGGUUUAGGUGUGAGAGACUUAGAGUUGAAUAAUUUAGCUCUUUUGGCAAAAAUGGCCUGGAGAAUUUAUGAUAAUCCUGAAUCGGAGGUCACCAAACUGUUAAAGCUAACUAUUACUCGGAUUCUAAUUUUUGGAAUUGUGGAAAAAAAACAGAGCCUAUGUUAG